UUGUCCAAACACACAGAAAACUUCCUGCUGAGAUCUACACACUGUUAUAAAGACGGCGUUUAUUAAAGUGGAGAAUGAAGACUGAAGAAAGAUUCAGAGUCAAACAAGAAGAUACUGAGGAACAAACAGACCUCAUGCCGCUGAAAGAGGAGUGCAUAGUACCGAAUGAAACAGAAGAGAAAGAACAAUAUGAGACUCAUCAUGAUUUUAAAACCGAAGAAUCUUUCGGUUGGUCACAGAUUAAAGAGACUUUCUCACAAAAAAAAUCGCCCAUAAAACAGGAACUACAAGUUAUUUCACCCCUUUUCACUGUGAAAAGAGUUUCAGUGAACAUGGAAACCUUAAAAGUCCACAUGAGAGUUCACCCUAGAGGGAAGACUUUUACCUGCCAACAGUGUGGAAAGAGUUUCAAUCAUAAAGGAAACCUUAACAGGCACAUGAGAAUUCACACAAGAAAAAAGCCUUUUACCUGCCCUAAGUGUGGAAAGAGUUUCAAUCAAAAAGGAAACCUUAACGUGCACAUGAGAAUUCACACGAGAAAAAAGCCUUUUACCUGCCCUAAGUGUGGAAAGGGUUUCAAUCAAAAAGGAUGCCUUAAAGUGCACAUGAGAAUUCACACUGGAAAGAAGCCUUACACCUGCCAACGGUGUGGAAAAGGUUUCAGACAUAAAGGAACCCUUAGAGUGCACAUGCGAAUUCACACUGGAGACAAGCCUUACAUCUGCCCUGAGUGUGGAAAGAGUUUCGAUCAACAUGGAAACCUUAAAGUGCACAUGAGAGUUCACACGACUCACAACCGCAUUCUCAGAAAGCACGCGCUGUAUGAACUGGACAACUAG